AUGGAUUUUGAGCUGCACGGGAUUUACAUGGAUCAUGAACCAGGGCAGGAAUUUGUAUCAAUGCUAGAUAAAUGUAAGGAUCAUUUUCUUAACAUUAUACUUUGUGAUGUGAACAUCAGAAAUGCAAGUAUGACUGAUGAGGUGAAAGAUCGAGUGGACCAUGGUAAUGAUUUGCAUGAGGAGGCAGAUGAAGUUUUGGUUGGAAUGCAUAGCCUAGGAAAUGUGUUUGAAGUGAGAAGAGCAUAUGCUAAUUACAAGGUAGAUUUGGAAGGUAGAGUUUGUUCUUGCAGAUUAUGGGAUUUGUCUGGAAUCCCACGUGUCCAUGCCAUAGCAGCCAUUAAUUAUAUCCAUCAAACUUCAGAGGGAUAUAUUAGUGAAUACUUUUCAAUGAAUAAGUUCAAGGAAUUCUACUCUACAAACAUCAGUCCUAUGAAUUGGAGUAAUAUGUGGCCUCAAACUAGAUACAACAAGUCUUUUCCACCUGUUGGUAGGAAAAUGCUUGGUAGGCCUAGAAUCAAGAGAAGGAGGCAUGAAAGUGAGAAAGAGAGUAAGUUUAGUUCCACUUCAAUGGUGAAACCCCCAAGGACAAUAUCAAUUCCUAAGCCACCAAAAAAGAUUGGGAGGCCUAGGAAAAGUGAUGUAGUUGGAUUCAAUCCACAUGUUUCUGGAUCCAAUCAACAUGCCAGUCAACCACCUGUAACAUCAACUAUACCCACUCAACCUAGUCAACUAGCAAGUCAACAAGGAAGUCAACACGCUACUAAGAAAGCUAGUCAACAAGAUAGUGUACAUGCUUCAAGUUCUAACAUUGGCAAGAAAAUAAGGAAAUUGGGUUUAAGAGGCCUAAGUCUCAGAGUUGGUGGUAUUACAUCUAUGGGUCGUCAGUUUAGUGAAGUAACUAUUCCAGGUGUUAGAAGGAAGAAUUUGGGUGUAAGAAGGCCAAAUCUUAGGAAGUCAACAACCAAAUUUCAGGAUGUCAACAACCAAGUUCCAGCUGUUAAUGAUGAUAUUCCAAAUGAUGUUGCUCAAGCUCUUGUUGUUAAUGAUGUUACUUUGGUCAAUGAGGUAAUAGAAGAGGAAGUAGUUGAGGUGUCGGUGAAGGUUGCCCAAGAGCCAGUGUCAAUGGUUAAUGAGGUGAUAGAAGUUAAGGAAGCAAUUGAUGUUCCGGUAAAGGUUACCCAAGAUCUAAAAGAGAGUCUUGAUGAAGUUAGAGAUGAAAUUGAUCAAAUUAUUGGUUCUAGAAAUGCAUCAGACGCAUCUGAUAUUCCAUUAGUGAAUGAAGGUGGUACAGAACCUGAGUUCACUGAAGGACAUGCAUCAGAUGUUCUCCCAGACAAAUUCAAGAUAAGUGUAAAAGGAAUAGCAAAUUUACUUGAAGCAGGAUAUUCCAUGGCUAAAAUAGAAAGCAUGGGGAGGUUGGAAAUUGAACUUGAUGACACUUCACCACUUGAGAUGGACUUAAAUGAGGAGGAUCCUGAUGUUGAUGAAGGUGGAGGUGAAUUUGUAAAUGAUGUUCUAAAUGAUGAAGGUGAAGGUGUUGAAAAUCAAGAUGAUGGUGAUGUGAUUAAAGGUGAAGGUGAAGGUGUUAAUGAUAGGAAUGAGGUUGAUGAUGAUGUUCUAAACAAUGAGGCUGAUGAUAAUGGGAAUGAGGCUCCUGAUGAAGGCCAUCUAAUAGUGCCUAAGACGAGGAAAAGAAAGCCAUCAGAGAGUAUCACUAAACUGAAGCUUAAAAGACAUUUUUUGAUAAAGAUGGGGGUGAUUUCACAUGUUCAAAUGAAGUGA